AUGUCCAACGAGUCACAACCACAACCUUUUCGCAUUGACAUCGACGAUGCAACCAUUGACUGGAUACAAGCGCGCGUUAGAAACGCUCGCAUCGUUCCGGAUGUUAAGCAUCCCAAAGGAAUGGAAUGGGCAGAUGGCGUACCUGGAAAUGUGAUGGAUCGCCUUGUCAAAUAUUGGAGGGAGGAAUAUGACUGGAGAAAAGUCGAGGCCAAGUUGAAUUCAACGUACAAGAUGUUCACCCUCGAUAUCCCCGAAGGAAACGAGCUCAUCAAGUUACACUACGUUCAUCACCGCAGUGAUAGAGCCGAUGCUAUUCCACUGCUUUUCUUACAUGGGUGGCCGGGAAAUUUCACAGAGGUCGAAUAUCUCUUGAGUUUGACCAAACCUGAAGAUCCAAGCCAACAGGCCUUUCACGUUAUUGCGCCUUCACUUCCUGGAUUUGUGUUUUCUUCAUCUCCAAAGGAAGCGGACUUCUCCAUUUCCAAGAUAGGAUCUAUCUGCAACCAGUUGAUGUUCAAGCUGGGUUACACAAGAUAUAUUGGACAAGGCGGCGAUUGGGGAUCCUUCAUCCUUCGCUCCAUGGCGUCAUCUUUUCCAAAGUCCUGCAUUGGGAUACAUAUCAACUUUUUGGCAGCAAAGCAGCCUUCUCCUUUCACGCACCCUUUGGCAUAUCUAAGGCUCCUAAUAGGCGACUUCACCCCGGAUCAAAAAAAGAGGAUUGAACGUGGUCAAUGGUUCUUCACAGAUGAAUGGGGCUACAGUGAGAUCGCAGGAACAAAACCGCAAACUCUGGCCUAUAGCUUAACAGAUUCGCCAAUCGGCAUGCUUUCCUGGCUUUUCGACAAAAUGACACCCCUUGUUCAGCCAGGCUACGUAUGGGAACCUGAGAAGGUCAUCACCUGGGUAAUGCUAUACCUCCUAUCAGGAAGCUCUUGGCAUGCUAGAAUCUACAAAUAUGGUGCACCGGUGAUUCCUCCUCAAAACGAUGUCAAGAUUGUACCAGGCGAAGUCGAAUUUGGAGCUAGCUGUUUCCCCUACGAUAUAGGCUAUAUUCCAAUUUGGUGGGCAAAGGCAGAGUUGGCAAAGAAUAUUAUAUUUUGGAAAGAACAUUCCAAGGGAGGUCACUUUGCUGCCACUGAGAGCCCAGAGGUGCUGAAAGCGGAUAUACGGGAAUUCGUAGAAAGAUUAUCUGAUAAAGCACGGAAGUCGUUGAAGUAUUAG